AUGGCAGUACACCAAGAAUUUGGCGCACAGACGGAUGCCUCCACUGUCGCAGAGACCUUCCAAUCAUCUAUCAAAGACAAAGUCUUUCUCAUCACCGGAGUCGGUCGCGGAGGCAUCGGUGGUACCACUGCCAAAUCGCUCGCCGCAUUCGAGCCGCGACUCCUCAUCCUCGCAGGUCGUUCAGCAGAUAAGGUCAAGGCCGUAAUCAGCGACAUCGCCUCUAGCUAUCCCAAAGUACUCUGCCGAUUCGUUCAGAUCGAUCUGUCUUCUCCUACUUCUAUCCGUGAAGCAGCCACAACGGUUCUUGCUUAUGAGGAACCUCUUCAUGUCUUGAUCAAUAAUGCAGGCCUGAUGGCUCUAUCCUCUCGCACACUUACCCCGCAAGGUAUCGAAAUGCAAUUCCAGACCAACCACCUCGGACCGUUCUUGUUUACGAACCUGCUCCUUCCCAAGCUCCUUUCCGCUGGCCAUACAUUACCCGCCAACACCGCCCGAGUGGUCAACCUAUCCUCCUCAGGGCAUGCUCUCUCACCUGUCCGUUUCUCUGACUUGACGUUUGCCAAACCGAAUGAGUCUGUUCCACCGGAGGAGCAGUUUCAGGCGAGUACGCUAUCGCACCUCGGUCUUUUGACAUACGAUGAACACUACGUUCCCAUGGCCGCUUACGGACAGGCAAAAACAGCUAGCAUCCUAUUUUCUAUCGCUCUCAAUACUCGUCUUGCCGCGAAAGGCCAUAGUGUUAGCAGCUUCUCACUCCACCCUGGCAGUAUAGAUACAGAACUGCAACGACAUUGGGAUCCGAAAGCAUUAGAACACGCGAGACAGCAGUCUAGUAGCAAUUUUGUGAGAAAAACGUUAGAGCAAGGGGCUAGCACGACUCUAGUCGCAGCGCUGGACCCGGGACUGGAGCUGAUGGAGGGCGAGGUGGGAUACUUGUCCGAUUGCAGAUUUGCGGAGCCAGCGGAAUGGUGUAGAGGUGAAAAGGGAAUAGAGAAUGCGGAGAGGUUGUGGAAGAUUAGCGAGGAGCUGGUGGAUGGCACCCAUGGUACCACAAAAGCGAAAGGCUCCCUCUCGAACAAGAAUGCAGCCCACCCAAAUAAGAAGAAGCCGAUCAAAUUAUGGAACGCCCGAAAAAUAUUAGCUGAACCACCAGACAAGGCACUCAAUAAAAAUGGGGAUCUCGAUGUUGGCGCGUUCGUCAAAGCCCGAGAGUUCGAGAUACAAGCAAUUGACAAAAGCAUGACGAAAGCCCCUGCUGCACUGAAUUCGCGGGCUUUUCAAUCGGUACCAAGAGACAUGAGGAGAAGGACGGCAAGUCACAAUGUCAAGAAAAUACCAAAACGGUUGAGAUCCAGAGCAAUGAAGGACGACAAAACAGUCACAGGGGCAGCCCGAGUCAAAAAGCUUACUUCUCAUAAACGCUUAAGGUCAGAGAAGGCAAAGAGGCUGAUGGCUAAAGGAAGAUUAAAGAAGGCGCAACGAGCGGCUGCAAAGAAGACCAAGCCUGGAGAGACAGACCCCGAGAAAUUGGUCCAAAUCGUGCCUCGAUUUCCAAAUCCUAAGAAGAAUAAGCUUGUAAAGCCUCCAAAACCGCCAGCUAAAUUUCGUAGACGGCAGCGAGACAAGUCAUGGCUGCCCACGCACAUUUGGCAUGCUAAAAGAGCCCAUAUGACAGCACCUAAAUACCCCCUAUGGCGAUUCGCUUUACCGCUGUCUCCAACGAACAAGGUCUUCAGAACAAGUCAUAGAGCUUCCGUCUUACGAGGUUGUAUCGCUUGGGACAUGAGUUACAUGGGAACUAUCGCAAUCGAAGGAGUUGAACCAAGUGUAUUGGGUCUUCUCCGAAGUGUCGGAGUCGAAGAACAAGUCUUGACAGGGAAAUCCGGGGCCAAAUGGCGUAAAGGCGUAAGGAGCUGGGAGGGCUGGAUCAAGGAACGCGACAACGACAAAAGGCCGAUUGCCCCUGUGCAGCUUGUAUGGUGUGCACAAGACGAAACACUUUCGAUCAGUGGAGAGAAAAGGAACAAAUUUCGGAGACAAUUGUUUUUAAGGGUACAUCCAUCCGCGUAUUUGCAAGUCUGGAAUGAGGUUUUGAAAAUUUCCAAAAUGCAACGCCCAAUCGUCAUGGUAGAAGAUUUGCGAUUUGAGAUCGGCAGCAUCGAAAUCACCGGACCAGGGAGCACAGAAGCAUUAUUGGCAGCACUGCAUCCAAUAUCCAAUGAAGAAGUGUCGCCAGAAUAUUCUCCAGACGCAGAGAAAGCUCAAGGGGGAGCUGAGCAGACGCUAGAGAGUGACUGGGAAGACGUCGAAACUCCGCAAAGAAUUUGGUCUAGGCUGGCUGGUCUCAGCAAUCCUUCUGCACUUCCAGCUAGAGCUCUUUUAGCAUUUAAUGUGAUGGAUCCUCGACUACGAUCUCCGCCUAGAACAGUCCCCAAUCUACGCUUCAGUGAAACAGAUCCCAGUUCCUUGAACAUUCUUGCAGAAUGGCCGCCCGAUCAAACUCAGAGUGCAGCAGACAUUUUCGAUCACAAGAAGCGUUUGACUGCAUCCCAUCGCUUAGCAAGCCAGAAAUCUAUCAACAGAAGAAAAGGAGAGGCUUCGCCGGGUGACUACCCAAGCGCUUCACCUACAGAUCCUCACAUACCCAUACUCCUUUUAGCCUCCCGCCCUGCCCCUCAGAACUCCAAUCAGGGCUCUUGGAUGCUUCUGCUCCCCUGGGAUUGCGUUCUGCCCGUGUGGUAUACUCUAGUCCAUUACCCGCUUUCUACAGGAGGCAACCCUCGAUUCGGCGGUCUGCUCGAAAAGGGACAAAUCACGUUCGAACAGGGCAGGCUGUGGUUUCCCGGCGCUUUCCCGGGGACCAAAGCUGGAUGGGAAUGGGAAAUUCUUGAGAGAGAUAAGGUGGAGAUAGAAUGGCGACGCAAGCCCAAAGGCCGCCGCACAGAGUUCGACAGUACUGAUCUCGGCGAAGGCAGGAGAGGAGAAAUUGGAAAAGGUUGGGCUUGUGACUGGGAGCGAUUGCUCCUUGGCAAGGACGGCGCUGAAGCGCUCGAGGUGGCGAAAGACGCAGCGCUUCAAGAUGCAGCAAAGAAGGACGACGGUCUCGCGUCACAAGCCGGUGAUGACCCCAAAGACCGGCGGCGAGCAUCAGACCAAUUGAAGCCUGAGAAUACUCAUUCUGAAGGGCCGCCGCACGCCAUACACCACGUCUCUGCUCAGCUUAUUAACAGACUCUUUCCAUCCGUUCCCUUGACAGCCCUCUCGCCAAUCCACAUACAAUUUCUCACAGGCCACGUAUCCCGCAACGCUCGCAUUUACCGACUUCCCACAGCUGAUGAUACUCUUUUUGCCCGUUGGCAGGCUCUUUCCACAUCCAGUUCUACUAAGGAGUCUAAAACUCGCCACAACAACCAAACACGGACAGCAUCGUCCAGACCUCAAUCGGCACGCGAUCGUGCCAGUCUCCCCCAACACGAGCGAGCAGCAGCUCUCGCUGUAUCUCUCCUUCAGCCGCCUAUUUCACGCCUCGAUGGCGAGAUGAAGCCAGGACAUCCCAACUACCCGCCUGUCCCCGAUGAGAACGACCUUAUUGGUUUCGUCGUGUAUGCGAAUUAUCAUCUAGGUGAGGGCAAGGUACAGGCCGUGGGCAAUGUGCUCGUACAUCGGGCGCUAGGACUCGACCUUGAGAAAGCCUUGAGUGCGGAGGAAAGUGCGGGUAAAGGCAAGGGGAAAGACACAGAGGUAUCAGGAACAGGGCAGGAGAAGGUGGUGAGGUUUGCAGGAAAGGACGGAGGUGGCAAGGGCAAAGGUAAAGGGAGGAAAGACGGCAACGCUGGGAAUGAGGGGAAGAAGGGUGUCUCAAAGGUUCCAAAAGGCGGGAUAUGCAUCGUUCGUGAUGCCGGACAGGGCCUUGGACGGCUGGCGAAAUGGGAGUGGGCUUCAUAG